AUGAUUAAAGUUGGUCUGGAGACGUUGAGUCGUCUAUUGUUUGCGAGAGAGGUCUCUACUCAAUACAAACUGCGUAAUUAUCAGCAGGUUGCAAUCGAUAAAUGUGUAGACUCAAUUGCAAACGGUAUUAAAAAGAUAGGUGUCUCUUUGGCUACUGGGGGCGGUAAGACGGUGAUUUUCACCAAUCUAAUAGAUCAAUUGAAAUCACGCACGCCAAAGAACGAAGGUGACAAGUUCAGAACUUUGAUUUUGGUGCAUAGAAGAGAACUUGCAUUACAGACCAUUAAUACUAUAAAAAAUUUUAGUCAUGAUAUUAAUGCUCAAGUGGAAAUGGGGAAGUAUCAUUGUGAAGUGGAGCAGGCGGAUGUGAUAGUCGGCUCUGUUCAAUCUUUAUUGAAUCGGUUAGCAAAAUACAAUGAGAAGAACAUUGAUUUAAUUAUCAUCGAUGAGGCUCAUCAUGCGGUGGCGAAAAGUUACAUAAAGGUAGUAGAUACUAUCAAUUCAAAUGGAAAAAUACCAGUCAUUGGUUUUAGCGCCACGUUUGAGCGGAAUGAUAAUAAAGCGCUAUCUGUUAUGUUCGACGAGAUCGUGUACCAUAAAGGUAUCGUAGAGAUGAUUAAAGAAAACUGGCUUUGCGAAGGUCUUUUCACGUCAGUAAAUGUGGAUGUCAAUUUAGAUGACGUGGAGGUUAGCAGCUGCAACGACUUUAAAUUAGACUCACUAUCGAAAGUAAUGAAUACCGAGAAAAUUAAUAACAUUGUUGUGAGGACUUAUCUCGAGGAAAGACAAAAAGAGAAUUUGAAAUCAACAUUGUUAUUUGCAGUUGAUGUUGCUCAUGUUAAAUAUUUAUGUGAAGAAUUCAGAAAGUUUGGUAUAAAUGCAGAGUACGUGACAGGUACAACAAAAGUAGCCGAGAGAGAUAGAAUUAUAAAUGAUUUUAAGAACUUUAAGAUUGAGGUGUUAAUCAAUUGUGGGAUAUUUACAGAAGGAACAGAUAUACCUAACAUAGACUGCGUAUUGUUAUGCAGACCGACGAAAUCGAGAUCUCUUUUGGUACAAAUGAUAGGUAGGGGUCUUAGAUUGCACCAUUCGAAAAAACAUUGUCAUAUUAUCGACUUCGUCGGGGUUGAAAACGUAGGCGUGGUGUCUGUACCAACUUUAAUGGGUAUCGAUAACUUCAAUGAUGAAUUAGAAGCUGCUACAAUUUCAGAAUUAAAUACUUUGAAGUUACAGAUCGAUAAAGAAAAACAAGAGAUGGUGCUGAAAAAUGCAGCUGUGGAGGACAGUUUAAAAGCCAAGUAUAAUGAUUAUUUGGAAGAACAUAAUGAUUUCGAUUUAACUUUAACAUCAUAUCCAUCCUUUGAGGAUUUUUGUGAAGCUUAUAAAGAUAGUAAUGGAUAUCUUUCGUUAACCGAAAAGGAACCUAUUUCUAAUACAGAACGAGAAAAUCAAUAUUUUAUGAAAUCAAGUUAUCCCUGGGUUAAAACUGCAAACACAGCUUGGGCAUUUUCGAUACAUAAUAACCAUCACAUAAGACUUUAUAAGGAAACAAAGGAAAAGGAUAAUGUGGCGAAAGAAAUUUAUAUCGCAAAAAUUUAUAGAGAACUACCGUUUGCUAUGCGCGAAGAAUCAGGUAUUCGAUUCAUACCUCGAGAAUUAGUGAAAACUAACGAUUUCUUUAAAGCUGCUGGCAUUAUUGAACAGACUAUAUCAGAAAUGCAAAUGCGUGGCAAUGAUGACAAGGGCUAUACAUUAAAUGUGAACAAAUUUUCACCAUGGAGAAAAUUACAAGCUACUCCCAAGCAAAAGGCACUGUUAUUAAAGCGAUUAAAUAAAGUUAACAGCUUAGAAAAAAAGGAAUCUGAUAGAUUAGAAAAAAAAGAUAUAGAUAAUUACGUUGAACAUAUCUCGAAGGGCGAAAUUUCAAAUGUUCUCUUUGCAUCCACUAUUGCUCCGAUCUAUCCCUUAAAGAGGUUAUUAAAAGUGAUAAAAUAUAGGAUAAAUAGAGAAAGAAUUCAAGCUUUCCAGUAA